AUGUUCGCAGGGCAUCGAGUGCGAACCAAGGUUGUGAUACCGCAGCUUGCGCAGUACGGAUACUCAGUACUUCAUUGUUCAGCAAACUCCACAAUGCUAAGAGUUGGACACGGAGUAUGUGUAUUCCGCACCCACACCAGCCACUUCUGGCCCGGAGCUACUAUUAUUCCGGAAAUUUCUGGAGAAUGGAAGGUGCGUCCCGCCUUGGUCUCCUAUACCUUCCUCUGCUGCACCUUCCUCUGCUGCACCUUCCUCUGCUGCACCUUCCUCUGCUAUACCCUCUUUCCGAUACUGGCUGCUUCAGCUCUCUCCUUCCCCUUCUCCGCUCCUUCUUUCCUGUCUUGGUAUACUUUUGCCCAGGCGGCCUUCCGCGAGAUAUUCUGGGGAAAGAGGCUUGGAGACGGGAGGCAAGUACAAAAGUACAAAGUACAUGCAUGCGCCUUAGUCAUUCGCAGAAACAGGCAAGCACUGCGUCCUCUUGUGAAUCGACGCUACCGUUUUGUGGACCUCCUCCUCACCUUCCAAAGUUCCUUUCUUCAGACUCGAAUGAUUACGAUUAAUCCUUCGUAUCUCGCUUCAUCCACGUCCCCGAUACGCCUCAAGAUAUACGUCAACCGAUCAUGUUUCGUCCGUAUACUCGACCGUGUCGACAAACAAUCCCAGCACGCCGGUCCAGCAAUCGAGAAAGAACACAGUCUCGGAGAAGCCGUGCAUUGGGCUUCCGACCUGCACGUCAUGUUCGGAUCAUCCACCGGCCAAAAACAAUACCUAGGGAGCCAGGCAGCUGCUGUCGAGGUAAGCACUGGCAAGCAGGCCCGUGUCUCGCUGCCGCCCCCGGUCGAGUCAGCCGGCGUGGUAAUACCCAGCCCAGCGCCUCGCUUAGCGACCUACGCCGCUACGCUUCCCCCCGCCAGCAAUACUAUUCUGCGGCUUUGCCCCUCCCUCGGGUUUCUUCAGCAGUCCGAAUUCCGAUCCAUUUCAUUUCCUAUCCACGGUUCCUUGACCAGCUUCCAGAAAAUUACGACGUACCCAUCCCUUGCGGCUGCUCUUUCAGCUUGGAGGGGUGUCGCUACGUGUUACAGCGAGUAUACCCCGCCAUAA